GAAAAAUAACCCACAAAAUAUUUGAUUUAACUGCAGAAAUAACAGGUUUUUUCUUUGUGCGUUUUUGUGCUGUUUUUGUGCCGGAGCUGUCGGACAGUCCACGGAUGGUGCUGCGCUCUGACAGCAGCUCGGUGCAUCAUUUUUGGGAUUCCUUUGCUUGCCGGUGGACGACAUUGAAUAGCGGAGCACAAGUGGCCUGGACUUGGGAGGACCGAUGGACUCGAUGCUGAGAAGGGUCAGCUUUAAAUUCUGAUUACAAGGUUAAUCAGAAUUUACAAUAAUUUUGAUUUAUUUUUUUUGGAAAUUGUAGAUUAAUAACGGAGACAAAAUAUACUAAAAAUAACCUUCAACUGGGCUGAAUAUAACAACAGACCCAGCCUCAAUAAUCAAUGAUAACAACAACAACAGUCACCACCCAUUCUAGUGAAGCUAGACAGACAGACUGACUUCAACAUUUAUCCGUAUUUCUAAUUUGAAAUAUAUUACAUUUAAAUUUUAAAAAUAUAUUUCAACAGAUUGAAAUAUAACUUAAUAUUUGUGUGUGUGUAUAAGUCACUUUCUUUUUCAUUUGGAGUUAAAGGUGAAUCUUAAGUUAUUUUUUUAUUUUUUUAAUUAAGUAAGAUAUUAGUUUCAUCUUCUCCUUGUUUUACAUGUGAGGAAAUCUCUCUCUCAGCUCAACCUUAAGACAAGUAUCUAAUCCCUCAAGGACAUCACACAUUUGGAGACCUUUCAGGUUUGACGGAUAACCUGGACACAAGUGACAAACGGCACCUUUGACCAAGUUAAACCCAUCAGAGGCUUUUACUAGCCCUAACAACCAGCAACCAUGUUCAGCUGGCUCGGGACCGACGACCGGAGGAAGAAGGAUCCAGAAGUCUUUCAGACCGUCAGUGACGGACUGAAGAAGCUCUACAAAACCAAACUCCUGCCGCUGGAGGAGAGCUACAAGUUCCACGAGUUCCACUCCCCGGCUCUGGAGGAUGCAGACUUCGACAACAAGCCAAUGGUCUUACUGGUGGGACAGUACUCCACCGGCAAGACCAGCUUCAUACGCUACCUGUUGGAGCAGGAUUUUCCCGGCAUGCGGAUCGGCCCCGAACCCACCACGGAUUCCUUCAUCGCGGUGAUGCACGGCGACACCGAGGGAGUCAUCCCCGGCAACGCUUUGGUGGUUGACCCCAAGAAGCCCUUCAGAAAGCUGAACGCAUUUGGAAACGCAUUCCUCAACAGGUUUGUGUGUGCCCAGCUGCCUAACCCGGUGCUGGAGAGCAUCAGUGUGAUUGACACUCCAGGGAUUCUGUCAGGAGAGAAACAGAGAAUCAGUCGAGGCUAUGACUUUGCGGCUGUGUUGGAGUGGUUUGCAGAGCGAGUGGACAGGAUCAUAUUACUGUUUGAUGCCCACAAACUGGACAUCUCCGAUGAGUUCUCAGAUGUGAUAAAAGCCCUGAAGAACCAUGAAGACAAGAUCAGGGUUGUGCUGAACAAAGCUGACCAGAUAGAGACCCAGCAGUUGAUGAGAGUGUACGGUGCCCUGAUGUGGUCACUGGGGAAAAUAGUCAACACUCCUGAGGUGAUCCGCGUCUACAUCGGGUCGUUUUGGUCCCACCCUCUGUUGAUUCCAGACAACAGGAAGCUGUUCGAGGCCGAGGAGCAGGAUUUAUUUAAGGACAUUCAGUCUUUGCCGAGAAACGCGGCGCUCAGAAAGCUCAACGAUCUGAUCAAGAGGGCAAGACUAGCCAAGGUCCAUGCCUACAUCAUCAGCGCCCUGAAGAAAGAGAUGCCCACUGUGUUCGGGAAGGAGAACAAGAAGAAAGAACUGAUCGGCACUCUCGGAGAUAUUUAUAAACGCAUCGAACGAGAGCAUCAGAUAUCACCUGGAGAUUUCCCUAAUCUGAAGAAGAUGCAGGACCAACUCCAAUCUCAAGAUCUCAACAAAUUCCAGCCUCUGAAACCCAAACUCCUGGAGGCGGUGGAUGACAUGCUGGCCCAUGACAUCGCUGGCUUAAUGGUGCUGGUGCGCCAAGAGGAAAACCAGCGUCCUAACCCGGUGGUGAAGGGCGGUGCAUUCGACGGCACGACGGACGGCCCGUUUGGCCACGGGUACGGCGAAGGAGCCGGCGAAGGCAUCGACGAGGCGGAGUGGGUCGUCGCUCGAGACAAACCUGCCUACGACGAGAUUUUCUACACAUUGUCUCCCGUCAACGGGAAGGUGACCGGAGCCAACGCCAAGAGGGAGAUGGUGAAGUCGAAACUGCCCAACACGGUGCUGGGAAAGAUCUGGAAGCUGGCAGACAUCGAUAAGGAUGGGAUGCUUGACGAUGAGGAGUUUGCGUUGGCCAAUCACCUGAUAAAGGUGAAACUGGAGGGACAUGAACUGCCGUCGGAGCUGCCUGCACACCUGGUUCCUCCUUCCAAGAGAAAAAUAACUGAGUAAAUGUAAGAUUACAUCAUCCCCUGCCCCUGAAAACCUGUAAGUAGACCUACCCCGAUUAAAAUAGGAAUAUUCCUGUAGCAUUAUAGCAAAACAAUAGAUCACAUCUCCAACUCCUAAUCCUGCUCUAUUGCUCUCAUCCCAACAUUUGCAGCCUUUCCUAAGCUUCAAGAGGCAAAUAUUACAACAAAAAAUUCAGUUACAUUCAAUUGAAUAUAUAGAAAGAUGAUUAAUGCUAAUAUACUGUUAGCAUGUGGAUUAAAAUGAUACAUUUUUGCAGUGCUGAAAUAGCUUUUACCAGCGAAGGAAAUCUUUAUGAAAACCAGUGUCCUCUUUUUCUAUUUUAGGGUGAGAUUUUGGGAGUUGCUAGGUAGGACAGGUGUUAAGAGAUGUUAGGACAACUGAUGAGGUUAUUAGUAAAGAAAAGCAAGUAAAAAAAAAUCUAAAACAAGAAACACUGGAAUAUAAGAGAAUGUAAGUUGAUCCAAACUACUGGAAGAAAAUGGGAGAGAUGUGACAAUGUGAAGACAAAAGGAAAGAGAUAUGAUUGGAAGGAUCAUUCUGGGAGAAGGAAUAUUGGGAUAUAGAAAUGCUGAAUAUUAUUGUAUAGUUAUCUUUAAUCAAUAGAGUAAACGUGUGUUUGACUGCAGUAUCCCUCACUAAAACAUGUCACAGUAUCUCAAGAUCCUGCGUGACUUUCGGCCUCCCGGCACCACUGACUAUUCUGGCUUUUGUUUCAAGGCGACAUAUUAAAAUGGCUUCAAAGAUUUCCUGUCAUGUCGCUUGAGAAUACACACAAACCAAUGGGUAGAAGCACACACACACACACACACACACACACACACACACACACACACACACACACACACACACACACACACACACACACACACACACACACACACACAAAUGAACACGAUUCUGGUUGUAUGAUUUGUAACGAGGAUUGUAACACCUCAAAUUAUUAUAUAAAAGAAAAUGCAAAACAUCCACUUUUGAAAAAUGUUCAAAUGUGAUACGCAGAUGUUGAUAUUUGUAUUAAAGACAUCACCAUCAUUUACUGUAGCACCUGGAUUGACUUACUGCAAUGAAUGUUUCUCUAAUGGGAAUCAAUAACGGGGAAAAAUAAGAAUAAGUGGUUUGUCUCUUUCAUGAUUUAUAGAUUAUUCUAAAAAUCAUUAACAUGUUUGGAAAUACUGUGACUAUAAUAUGGACCUAUACAACGGGAUGUUGUUUGGAGUGUGAAGACAUUCUCAGUAUAAAUGUAUUUUAGGGACUUUGAAUGUUGAAUGUGCUCACAUUCACCUCCUGUAUGUAUGCAUACGACCACAUGUAUCAGUGUUAUUAUUUGUACCGUAUAUGUAUUAAGUCUUAAGCAUCUCACAGGAUACUGAGUUGGGAGUAUUCCAGUGGGUUGUUAAUUAAAAAUGGAUGAAUCAGUUGUUGUUCACCUUGUGAAAGUGAUUUAAUCUUAACAUAACAUGGCAGUCCAGAGAGUGAAAGCACAGCUGUUUGCUUCUUUUGUGAUGAUAACAAAACACUAAUCAACACAUUUUUUUGAAUGAAAAUUUGGCUUUUAAAUUCACAUGUUUAAAUUGUUUCCAUGUAAUAAAUGUAAUCGGAUUAACUGCAGCGAUAUGCCAGUAUGUAUGUAUAUAUACUUCACGUAAGGACUUUGAUUGUGGUUUGACAACGGUGAGAAUCUUGACAAUAACAUGAAACAACAAACAAGCUAAAUUUGGGUUCCCAUGUGAUAAGAAAGUGUGUUUUUUUUUUGGGGGGGGAGUGAGACAGCGUUUGAGCUACAGAAUUGACUUAACUGAUUCCCCGUGUGCAUCUGUGUGCUGUUACUGUGAAUCUGCUGUAACAUAAUAAGACUGUUUGCAUUCCAUGAACACAGAUUGGGAAAAUCAUCCACAUCAUCUCAGGCGCCGUAUGCAUCACUUGCUCUCAUUUCACAGACGAGCCAGAUCAGAUCAACAGAGUAAAUAUAAAAAAGGAUAACUUGUUGAAUGUGGAUUCUCUGCAAAACAAAGUCCUUGGAAUUCACAAGUUGUUUUCAUACCGUGACAGAUUGCAACAUGAAGUCCUGAAUACUGGUAAAUACACUUAAGUGGAAACACUGGCGUAAUUUCUUUAACUUUUUUCUUUUUGAAGAUGGUCAUGCAUUGCUAAAUCUGUACUUCACUGCUUUUCUCUCGACAGUCAAAAAGUGUAAUAAAAAUUAAUUUACUCUA